AGCAACCGUAACUACAGCCCCAGGCCCACUACCGCAGGCGGAACAUCCUGUUUACAUGAUCCCAGCACCGGGACAGGUUCCGGCCACCGUAUACCACGCACCUUCACCAGUUCCAGUUCCAACUCCAGCACCUGCACCAGCAGCACCACAAAUGGUUCGACAGGUAACUGGACAAGCCGGUCAAGGCUACUACACCAACAUACAGAGAAUGCCACAUGAAGUCUACCGGGAGCAACCUGUUUACAACAUGGUGGCGCAACCUCCGCCGACUCAACACCAGCCUAUAUCAGCCAUGCCGCAUCCGCAGCAGGUUAUGAGGCCGCCUAGCCGAGGGGUAUCAGAUAGUGCAUACGCCCAGAUGGCAGCGUACGACGGGCAGGUUUAUUAUACUGCGCCGGGUGGUGUUGGUGUGCCACCUCAGUAUCAAGGCUUUGGCGUGGCGGUUACUGGUGAAAUGAAAGGGGGUGUCGAGGGUAAAGUGGUAAAUAAAGUCUCACAAGGUUCAGUUAAUUAAUUAUUAAAGAAAUUGUGAUGUAUCGAGUAAGUAUAGUUUUGAAAUUUUG